AUGCCAUCAAGUAAGCUGCGCGACGCCACCGGUGGUGGUACCCGUGGGGGUGCUGCGACGAGACGCUCAGUCAACGUCUUCACAGAGAAUCCCAUCGUGUCGGGGCCUCGGACUAGUCGUCCCCGAAAGAAGCUCGUGGAGGUGAAUACGAGCGACGAGGAAGACAUUGAUGACCAAGAGGAAGACGAAGUCGACGAUGAGGAUGCCCCCGGGGAGGAUGACGAGGAUGCCGAUGCCGAUGGUGACUUGGACAUGGACGAUGCCCCACCUCAACCUCCGGUUUCAAAGAGACAUGCCAAGGCUUCGGCAACUUCUGUGGCCACGUCUAAACCCGUCAAGAGUGUUGAGGCCAAAGAAAUGCAAGCGGAUGAUGACGAUGAUGAGGACGACGAGGAGCUUUCCGAACCAGACUCCGACGCCGAAGGCGAGCCUGAUGACCUUGAGGAAAGUACCUUAGGGAACGUUAACGGAGGCGAUGAGCAGCUCGAUGACGACGACAUGGAUGAAAGCGACGACGGAUUACCCUCCAACGACCCGAGCAAAUUGACCAAACGGCAAAGGGGGAAUUUAGGCAACGACUUCUUGCAAUUGCCGAUGGAGCCCCAAGUCAAGAAACAUUUGACCGCGGAGGAGCGCCAAAUGCGACGGGCGGAGAUGGCUCGGCGCCGAAAGAACCUGAGCGAAAAACGGAACGAAGAAGAAAAAAUGGACACGAUAAACCGACUUCUACGAAAACAAGCCCCCAAACGUCGUGGUCGGGUUCCCGCAGCUGAAGCAGCCGAGGCUUCUGCAGACCAAGAGGGACAAGAAGUCGAAAGAGCAGACCCAAUAAUGGUCAGAUGGGUGAGCGGUCGCGCAGGCAGCAGAGUUGGCGUGCCCGAGGAAUGGUUUGGUACUCCGGCCGGCCGCGUCUUUGGAGAAGGUCCGCUUGGAAACAGCGGACCCAGAAAGCUUGUGGAAGAGGUAUGA